AUGUCGUCCACCACCACCACCCUGGAGCCGAGCGUCCAAUGGCCUGUCAAGACUUCUGAAUUCCAGAAUCAUGCAAUAGACUCAACAAGAUGGGACAACUUCCCUUUCCGUGAUGACGAUGUUGUCAUUGCGAGUUGGGGCAAGUCUGGCACGACCUGGAUGCAACAAAUCGUCUCUCAACUCAUCUUCAACGGCUCCGAAGAUGCACCUGUCCAUGAAGUAUCGCCCUGGUUGGACCUCCGCCCCUUACCUGAAGGACUUGCUACUGGCUUGCUCGAAGCCCAAACCCAUCGUCGCUUCAUGAAAACGCACUGUCCACUCCAGAACCUUGUCUACAGCCCCAAGGCCAAAUACAUCUUCUGUGCUCGUGACGGAAGAGACGUCAUUUGGAGCAUGCACAACCAUCUGUAUCAUGCUACGCCGGCAUUCUAUGAAAUAAUGAACACACCCGGCCAUCUUGGCCAUGCUUCGGAGAGGCCACAAGCGGACGUCAGAGAAUAUUUUCUCGAUUUCAUAGAAGACGAUAACCGGAGCACGAUUACUUAUCCCUUCUGGAACGUCAUCCGUGGCUGGUAUGCUGCGAAAGACACACCAAACUUGCUCUUCGUCCAUUUCAACGAUCUGAAGAAGGAUCUCAGCGGCGAAAUUCAACGCAUUGCUACCUUUCUAGACAUCGGAGUGACACAAGAAAAACUGGCUGAGAUCACUGAACAUUGCACCUUUGAAUAUAUGAAAGCAAACGCCAAGAAGAUGAGUCCUGAGCAGGCGCCGAUGAUGUGGGAAAAUGGUGCCGAGACUUUCAUCAACAAAGGAAGCAACGGCAGAUGGAGGGAUGUACUCACUGCAGACGAUAUCAAGCUCUACGAAGAUAAGGCAAACUCAGAACUCGGAGAAGAAUGUGCGAAAUGGCUUGCCGAGGGCGGAAGAAUCCAGCCAUAUUAUUUCUAG